AUGACAACAAUGGAAGGGGCCAGCGGGUCGAGUUUUGGAAUAGACACGAUUUUGUCCAGUGCCAGUUCUGGCAGUCCCGGCAUGAUGAAUGGAGAUUUCCGCCCGCUCGGCGAGGCGAGGACCGCGGAUUUUAGGAGUCAGGCUACCCCGUCUCCCUGUUCGGAGAUUGAUACCGUAGGAACGGCACCUUCUUCUCCUAUCUCGGUCACCAUGGAGCCCCCGGAGCCGCAUCUCGUAGCAGACGGGCCCCAGCAUCACCACCAUCUCCAUCACAGCCAACAGCCGCCGCCGCCAGCCCCGGCCCCGACGCAAAGUUUGCAGCCUUCGCCCCAACAGCAACCGCCGCCGCCGCAGCAGCAACAACAGCCAGCAGCCCAGCAGCUGGGCUCGGCCGCCUCGGCCCCCAGGACUUCCACCUCUUCUUUUUUAAUUAAGGACAUCUUGGGCGACAGUAAACCUCUGGCGGCGUGUGCACCCUACAGCACUAGUGUCUCCUCUCCCCACCACACCCCGAAGCAGGAGAGCAAUGCAGCGCACGAGAGCUUUAGGCCAAAGCUCGAGCAGGAGGACAGCAAAACCAAACUCGACAAGCGAGAAGAUUCCCAGAGCGACAUCAAAUGCCACGGAACAAAGGAGGAAGGAGACCGAGAGAUUACAAGUAGCCGUGAGAGUCCCCCUGUGAGAGCCAAGAAGCCUCGAAAAGCCAGGACAGCUUUCUCUGACCACCAGCUUAACCAAUUGGAGCGUAGCUUUGAGCGGCAGAAGUACCUGAGUGUUCAGGACCGCAUGGAUCUGGCAGCUGCACUCAACCUUACUGACACCCAAGUCAAGACUUGGUAUCAAAACCGAAGGACCAAAUGGAAGAGGCAGACUGCGGUGGGCCUGGAGCUGCUGGCAGAGGCAGGGAACUACUCAGCGCUGCAGAGGAUGUUUCCUUCACCUUAUUUCUAUCACCCAAGUCUGCUGGGCAGCAUGGACAGUACGACAGCUGCGGCAGCUGCAGCUGCCAUGUACAGCAGCAUGUACCGGACUCCUCCAGCACCCCAUCCCCAGCUGCAGCGGCCCCUGGUACCCCGAGUGCUCAUUCAUGGCCUGGGACCCGGGGGACAACCAGCCCUCAAUCCCUUGUCCAAUCCCAUCCCAGGCACCCCACAUCCCCGGUGA